UCCUCGCAACUGCAGGCGCAGUCCCACCGCUUCAGCGUCACUCCUGCCGUGUCGCGUUGGCGUUGGCAUCGGCGUCGGAUCCCAGGCAAAGCAAGGGUCCGGUAUGGUUCGCAGGGGAAGUAUAUUAGCGUCAGGCUGGGCUGUAAAAGGCAGCCGCUUUAUUGGCGGAGGACGGAGGAAGGAAUUGAAUGGGCGCCACCGGUUUUCGCUAUAGGAUUCCUCCUGCACGGUAGAUUCGUCCCGUCCCUCUGUCAUUCUCCCUCGCCCGCUUCUCUUGUUCCUGCCUGCUCCCGUGCGGUGUCUGGUGCUGCUUUUGCUCUGGGCUUCGACGGCAUGGAGCCCGCAGGUGCGCCAUGGUGCGACCCUCGCCGAGGGUACGGAUACGGCUACGGCGGCGGAUCGGCCGUGGAGGCGCCGUCGAUGAGGGGGCAACAGCAGCAGCAGCCGCCACCACGGCCGGACGCUGCGUCCGUGGCGAGCGGCGGGGUGCUUAAGAGGAGCUUGAGCAAGAUGGAGCGGUGGCAGCAGGCGCUCUACCUGCGCUCGGUGAGGCAGCGCGUCGCCGCGCAGCCGGCGCACACGCCGCUCGACAUCAGGGCCGUGCUGGCUGGGGCCGCCUCACGGGCCUCGGGUUUCUCCGGGCCGCCUUCGGCUGGCUUUGCCGGGCUCUCGCCGCAGCCGUCGUCGACGUACUCCUCGCUUACGACCGCGUCACCCGUGGCUACGCCGCCACCGAUGCAGGUGCAGCAGCUGGUGCAGAGGCAGAUGAUGGCUGCGCCGUCCGCGCAGGCGGUCCAGGCGGUGGCCAGGGGGGCGGGUGCGAGGCCAGCGACAGCGAAGGAGCUGAUGUUGUUGCAGGAACUGGAAAAGCAGCUGCUUUGCGACGACGACGAAGAGGAGGCAGAUGCGGCGGGGAGCGCGUGCGGCUCCACAGUCACCAACUCUGCGUGGGGGGACACGAUACAGGAGCUCAACUCCAUCACGGCCGCGCCGUCCGCGUCGCUCCCGCUGGCGAGCGCGAUGAACAACAACUACAACAGCGUGCCCAUGUCAAGGUCGCCGACAAACUCCUCGUCUUCCACGGCCUCGUCGACAGCAUCCAGCUCACCGCCGACCACGGCAGCCUCAUCGCGGCAGCUGCUGUGCGAGGCUGCCGCUGCCGUAGCCGACGGCAACCACACAACGGCGGCCGCUCACCUUGCGGUCCUGAAGGUUGCAGCCGCCCCACGAGGCGACGCGAAACAGAGGCUGGUGGCCAUGAUGGCGGACGCCCUGUCUUCCCGCCUCGCCGCACCCUCGUCUCAACAUCUCGUGGCCCUCUGCAGCGCUGAGCAGCGCACGGCAUGCCAGCUCCUGCACGAUGUCUCCCCCUGCUUCGGCCUCGCCCUCCACGGCGCCAACCUCGCCAUCCUCGACGCAGUGGCCGACCACCGCGCCAUCCACCUGGUCGACUUCGACGUCAGCGUCGCGCAGCACAUCGCCCUCAUCCAUGCCCUCGCAAACCGCCGCGUGGCAGGCACUUCGCUCAAGGUCACCGCCGUCGCAGACCCCACGUCGCCGUUCACGCCAGCUCUAGCGCAGGAGCUCACCGCCACGGGCGAACAGCUCAAGAAGCACGCCCAGCAAGCCGGGGUGGAGUUCUGGUUCAAAGCAGUCAGCUGCCGCGCAGGAGAUAUCGAGGCGUCAAGGCUAAAGUGCGAGCCAGGGGAGGCGCUGGCCGUGAACCUCGCGUUCUCGCUCUCGCGCAUCCCCGACGAGAGCGUAUCGCCGGCGAACCCGCGCGACAAGCUCCUCCGCCGCGUGCGCGCCUUGGGCCCGCGGGUCGUGACCCUGGUGGAGCAGGAGCUGAACACAAACACGGCCCCUCUGGCGGCGCGGUUUUCCGACGCUUGCGCGCACUACGGCGCGGUGCUGGAGUCCCUGGACGCGACCCUGGGCCGCGACAGCGCGCAGAGGGUCCGGGCCGAGGUAGCCCUGGCCAACAAGGUUGCCAACGCGGUGGCGCGGGAGGGCCCGGACCGGGUGGAGCGGUGCGAGGUGUUCGGCAAGUGGCGCGCCCGGUUCGGCAUGGCGGGGUUCCGGCCCGUGGCGAUCGGUCAGAGCGUUUCCGACCGUGUCAAUGCCCGGCUCGGCCCUGCCCUGCCGGGGUUCGACGUCAAGCUCGACAACGGCCGGCUCGGGGUCGGGUGGAUGGGGCGCUUAGUCACCGUCGCCUCCGCCUGGCGUUAGCCUGGUGAGCUCAUCAGCUCACGGUCACGGCGUUGUUAUCGAUCAGUACCGAACUACCAGUCGUUUUCUCCUUUGUACCAUUGGUAAGGAAUGAUGAGUUUGUUACGCAUCCAAAGAUGCCUAGUUGUAACUCGAGAUUCUUUAUAGCUGCUACUAGUGCUGGUUGAUAGUACUGUAUAUGUCGAGGGAGUACUAAAUUAACUACAUCACACCUUGUUGCUAUC